CUUUCAAACUUUAAGCUUUUUAUUCGUAAUUGAGUGUUUUUUUUACCAUCCUACCCUUCCAACCAAGAAAUUAAAGCACACAUACAUAUAUGUCUUGCUCCCACUUCAUUGCGUAUGAUAUUUUAGAGAGAGAAAUGGCAUUAGAAACAAGACUCUUUCCACAGGGCCAAAUUGGAAAUUUCAGAUACGAUUAUGUGUUGCCGGAAGAUCAUAUUUUUGGUGGGUUUUUGGAUGGUACCAACAAUAUUAAUCAUCAUCAAGAUUCACCAAGCGCCCAUGCAUAUUGGGGGAAUUACUCUUCAUCUUCUCCAGUGAUGCAUAUUAAGGACCAAUGGGAUCCUAAAUCAUCGCCGGAAGAUUGUACUGGUGGUGACGGGUGCGACGGAGUGAUUUUGGGUUCGUCUCCCGGUAACAUGAAGGUGGAAUCACCAACUGCCACCACGCCAAUCGCCACGGCCACAGCUGUCGGUCGAAGAAAGCGGAGGCGCACUAAAAGUGGUAAGAAUAAAGAGGAGUUGGAGAAUCAAAGAAUGACUCAUAUCACGGUGGAGCGCAACCGCCGGAAAAUGAUGAAUGAGUACCUCGGCGUGAUCCGGUCGUUGAUGCCAUCUUCUUAUGCUCAAAGGGGAGAUCAAGCAUCAAUAGUUGGAGGAGCCAUAAAUUUUGUGAAAGAGUUGGAGCAAAAACUACAAACCCUAGAGGUUCAAAAAAGAGGCAACAAUGGCUACCCUCCACAACCACCACCACAGCCCUUUGUUGAUUUCUUCGCAUUCCCACAAUACUCUCUUCGUGCGGCUGGAGAUGGUGGUGCUGGAAGUGGUGGUUCCACCAAGAACCGGCCACCGGCUAUGGCGGAAAUUGAAGUAACAAUGGUGGAGAGCCAUGCAAACCUAAAGAUACUUUCGAAGAAACGACAGAGGCAGCUCUUGAAGAUGGUGGCUGGGCUACAGUGUUUAUGGCUCACCAUUCUUCACCUUAAUGUUACCACAGUUGAGCCAAUGGUUCUCUACACUGCUAGUGUCAAGCUUGAGGAUGGAUGCCAACUGAGUACAGUAGAUGAGAUUGCAACAGCUAUUAAUUGCUUGCUGUGCAGGAUUGAAGAAGAAUCACUUUGAUCUAAUUAAUUAAUUAAUAAACUUCAAUUAAACCCUAUGUUUUUAUAAUAUUAUGGGUUUUUAAUUGUAAUCUUUCAAGUCCAUUAGUAGUGAAGUAUUUAAUUUCAUCUACUUUUUUAGUUUUUGAUAUUUUUUUGAAAUAAUUUUGUGGUUAAGAAUUAAAGCUGUCUUUGUUAAUUGAUUA